UAACCCCUCAAUAACCCAUAGAAAAAAAAUCCUCCCAAAAAAACACCAUAGCUUCCCCCACCCCUCCGGGUGAGGUCCUUGAAGGACCUCAGCGGAUGUUCCACCGCUACGUGCCACCGCCGCCACCACCACCUAUGGCAGAACGACCAUCUUCCCUGGCUGCAGAGCCACCACGACAUGGGACGUUGUUGCACAAACAACGCUCGUGGUCACCGGAUAUUUAUCGGGAUGAGGCCUGGCUUAGGCGUAAAGAUAAUAUAAAAAAUAAAAGAAGCAAGAGCGUGACGGACGAGGACCUUGAUGAACUCAAAGCUUGUAUUGAAUUAGGGUUCGGAUUUGACUCUCCUGAAGUGGAUCAACGCUUAUCCGAUACGUUUCCCGCCCUGGAACUUUAUUACGCCGUUAACAAGCAUUACAAUGAUACGGUUUCAAAGUCAACGCCGUCUUUAUCAACGGCGUCCGAUUCUGAAUCAUCGCCCUCUUCAGUGGGCAGCCCUCAUACAUUAUUCAGCUCUGGUGAUAAUGAUCCGAAGGCGGUGAAGACAAGAUUGAGGCAGUGGGCGCAGGUGGUGGCUUGCUCGGUGCGGCAAUGUUCGUGAUGCGAUGACGGUGUCCAAUGUUCAUCUAUGCCUACAUGUUGAUGUUCAUCGCAAGGACAGGGUUAAAUGUGAACCAAACCAAAGUUAUCAAAGUAACCAAACAUCAUGGUCAACAACUUGUUUGAUUUGAUUUGAUUCGAUUCUUUCUUCCACCUACCGAUUGCAUCUGUCUGUUUGGUUAUAAAUUAUAAUUAAAAAAACCCCACCUUGCAUUUGUAAGCA